GCGAAUAAUAAGAGGUUAUCUUUCCUGUUGUCAGGACUACACUCCGCGAGUAUUGUUAUGGUGGAAAAGAACAAUUUUACCACUAAAGUUCUACUAGAUCUACUUGUGUUUACAUAUUUGUGAGCCUUUUCAAGUAAAACAAAAUGCCGCCACCACGAUCAGCAAGGUCAGACAUGAGUGAUGCUGACAUGGAAGGCCUCCAAGAGCAAGAGUUACUAAAGUUACAGCGAAGCUUUCGUAAUAUGGAAGGAGACAGAGCAGCAUACACAGAAGAGUCCCAGAAUGCUAUUCGAAAGCAGAAGCAAGAAAUGAAACAAUUGGAGUCAGAGAAAGAAGAAUUACUGAAACAAUUAAGACUUGCUGAAUCCAGAUCAAAUCAAGUGAAAGAUGAACAAUAUACUGACACAUUAGUUACUUUGUUAGAAGCCAAAGAUAAAAAUGAAGAGGAAAUGAGAGCACAAGAAGAAGAGCAAAAAAAUCUGGAUGCUAAGAUUAAGGCUUUGGAGAAGGACAUAAAAGAACUUCAGAGAAAUACAGGAGGAUCUAACGUAGGCUCCGAGCAUUCAACUCAUGUCACCAAGAAACAGAGAGUGCUUGAGAAUCGCCUUGACCAGGCUAAAAAGAAAUUCAACGACUGCUUGAGUCAAAAUGCCAAGUUACGUGACGAAAUUGAAAGUCACAGGAAUGAACAUCAUAAAUUUGAAAAUCUGUACAAAAAACUGGAAAAAGAAUUGAAAAAUCUGAGGAAGGAAAUGGCUGAGAUCAUUGAGUCUUCAACAGCUGCUUAUGAUCAAAGAGACGAUGCCCAGGCAAAGAUGAUUAUACUCAAAGAGAAGGCAGAUAAGGAUGUUCAACAACAUAAUACAGAGAUGAAAGAGUUGGUUCGAAUCAUUGAUCAUGAUCGCAAACUGAAAGAAUUUAUGGGAAUCAAGGGGCAGGAAAGACAGGAGGAUCCUCAGCUUGUUGCUUGGAGACAGCGCAAAGCUGUUGAAAGUGAGAAGAAGAAAGAGAGCCAAGAAGAUUCUGUUGAGACUUAUGAAGAAGCUUUUGUAAGAAUCCGAGAGAUGACAGGAGAAGAUGACAUUGACAUACUCGUCAGAAGGUUUAUUGAAGUGGAGGAUACAAACUUUGCGCUAUUCAACUAUGUGAAUGAACAGAACAAUGAAAUUGAAAAACUCAAUGAAGAUAUUAAUGCAAUACAGUUAGAAAUUGAAAACUUCAAGAAACAAGGUAUUGAGCUAGAAAGUCAAAGAAAACAGAUUUUGAGAAGCCUUGAAGAGAAACAGACUAAGGCCUCCAGAGAGGCAGAUGAGUAUGAGCAGAAACACAAAGAAGUGUCAAAGAUAUUAGAUCAGCUUAAAGCAGGUAUUGAUUCACUUUUUAACAAAAUCAACUGUGACAGAUCAACAAUAAAUGAUAUGCUUGGAGCUGCCACUGGAGUCACUGAUAGUAACAUGAUACAAUAUCUUGGUAUUAUUGAGCAGAGAACAAAUGAACUGCUAGCUAUACAGACAUAUGAACAACUAAAGAAUCAAGAUAAAAUACAUACAAGUACUGUUGGAUUACUCGGUGAAGGUCCACCACCUCCUUUACAACCUCAUCCCAUAAUUCCUCCAGCUGUUGGAGAUGAAUAUGAAAGUGAAGUCAGUGAUGAGGAAGAAGAUGAAGCCAGGCCUUACACAAGGAAUGAGCUUCAAAACAAAGUCCUCAAAACAGUGAAAAAGAGGGAAAAGGCAGCCAUUGGAGAUGGAUUUAAAUAUGAUUUAACAACUAGAGAAAAGACUCAAAAGAAGAAAGAAGGAAAGAAAUAAUUAAUAAUAAAGAAAAAAGAUAUAUUAUGACAUUCUACAUCUUGUACUUCUAAAAUAUGUGAUUAGGGAGGAAAUAGAUUGGGAAUAUAAAUAUUAAUUCAGAGUUGAAUAUAUGUCCUUCAAUAUACAUUGCUUGUCUUGUCUAAUAUUUAGGGAUUGAAAAAGAGAUUUAUUAAGAUGCCAACUUAUGGGCUUAGAAAAAGUCAGAUCAAGUAUGCAUAUAAUACAUGUAAACUAUUAACAUUCUGAUGACUUACAGGUUCUAGGACCAAUACCACCCCCUUUAAUCAGCAUACCUCCUAUGAGGGUAACAAUCAGAUCUUUGUACAUCUAUUUAAUGUAAAGUGUAUGUAAUGACAACCUUCUAAUAUACUUUUUUAUGGUAGUUCUCUUAAAAUUUAUUUCAUGUAAUGAACAAUAACAAAAUGUCAUCAAGUUUUACUGUAAAUUAAAAAAAUUGGCUUCGUGUACCAGUAUCUGUUAAUGGUAUCCAAAAUAAAUAUUUAAAAAAAUUGGAUUAUUAUUAUUUGACUUUCAAAAUAAUUAUCAAAAAUCAUAUAAACAGAUAUGAUAUAUAACAUAUAGUCCUAUAGAUAAGACACAUUCUUUCUUUGCUUGAAACAGUUUGACUACAUUUCAAACAUUUCCAUGUUCACUAAAUUAUUAUAUUUUAUUUAGUUUGAGGGUUAUAUAUUAUAAAGUAUGCCAUGUUUAUGACCUACUCAAAAGGAAGGAUUAAUUUUAAUAAGUGAUACAAUUUUAUAAAUAUAUUUAUUAUUUUAUAAAUACAUUUUUAAAAAAAUGUUAAAACAAAUGACAAUAAAAUGUGUGAUUCAGGU